CCACGCUGGCCUGUGCGCUCCUCUUCAUGCUCUGCGGUUGGUAUGUGGUGUGGCAACUGUUUUUGUCUAAGUUCAAGUUCCUGAGAGAGUUGAUAGGAGACACAGGGUCCCAGCAGGGGGAUAAUGAGCCUUCAGAGUCUGAAGCUGAACAGGAGACUCCACCCACUCCACAGAGAGGUAGACCUAAAUCAGCUCGGCAAAGAAGGGCACCAGCAGAAGAAGCAACUUAAAAAGAGCCCUCUGGGAAUUCGUUAGUCAACUAUGGACAGAUCAAACACUUCUGCUACACUGUGUGAUUGGGCAGUUUGGUUUUACUAAAGUAAUGGACUGCAAAAAA